CCUACCAGCCACUGUGUGUUUCAGGGGGGGGGCCCAGCUGCCAACGAUGCCCGAUCAAUCUGGAUUGGACAAAUGACGAAAGCGAGAGGGGGGGUUCCUUUGUCCACCAGCAAUUUCUUACUCGGCGCUUCUGGUCUCAUCUGUUUUUUGUCUGUACAUUAUUAGGGAGGAAAAGAAAAGCAAUUGUUCCGUCUCCUUGAGUCUUGAUAUCAUUGUGAAAUCCAGCUGGUCUGGUUUUUGAGCUUUCUUGUCUUUGCGAUAACAUUAAUAUGCACUCAGCAGUUAACAGAGAAUCCCCAAUUCGUCGUGUCCUUGCAACCGGGUAGCUCUGUCCUUUGGUUGCCUGCAAUACUACUACUACUACUACUACUACUACGCUCGACUUUAUAUAUUGUCAGGUUUUGUCUCAAGCGGAGACAUGCCCUUUUUCACCCGCCUGCGGCCCCGUUGGCCGCCAUCGCCCUGUGUCGAGGAUGAGAUUCAAUCUCUUUCUCGAGAGCUCCACGGCGCCACGAUCCUGAAACAGGAGUCUCGAGAAGAUGUCUGCGUGAGGGGGACCGUCGACCAGUAUCCUCUGAUCAUUACGUUGCAUACCGAGGCGUCAUCGUCAUCGACCAUAGUCACUGAAUCCAUUGUCGAUCAAAAGACCCAGAAGAAGUCUCCAAGCCAGAAGACCACGCCCCCGGUCAUCAAAGAAAGGCCGGCAGUUCAGCCGCCCAGGCCAACCGUCGCAUCGAAUUGCACUGCUUCGAUCCCUGGCACCAGUGUCAAUGACAAGUCGUCUGCAAAAUCAUACAACGGGGUCUCUACGCAGCCUCCCAAAACUGGUCGCAUUGUCAAUGACAAACCGCCUUUGAGAUCGUCCAACGGUGAAGUCCCUACGCAGCCACCUAGAUCUUCCAAGCCAGCCACCGUUGUUCAGAACACAGUGCCAGUGACUCAGCAGAUUCCUCAUCCAAAUGCCACUGUCUCUGCGAGCACGCAGGAAGUAAAUGCUCCUCGACGCAGUUCAACCGCUCACGAACGUGCUGCCACUGCCUCAUCAGCUGCACCGCCGCCGCGACAAUCACCACCGCCUCCACCACCACACAAAGGUGCAACCCGGCAGCCAUCUGGACGUUCUCGGUCGGGCAGUAUCCGGUUCGGCCAUUCAGAACAGCGGUCGUCGACAUACCAACCGGUUUCCAAAACACCAGGUUAUGUAUCCGAUUCCGCCACCGCGAACCAUAGGGAACCUCGGGGUCGUACGACUGAACAACGCACUGCGCCGCAGGAUCAUCUCCUGUUUAAACAGCCUGUAACUUCACCCACGCUGGCUGAAAGGCUUGAGGAGAAGCUGAGACGCAGGCACGAACUGCGCGAUGUGGAGUCUGAUGCUAAUCAUGGUGCGCAAGCUGCUACUAUCACCGCUGCCAAUGUGAACUCACAACAAUCCCUAGCACCAAAUGUCUCUGCCGCACCCAAGCAGUCUAUUCCCAGGAGGCCUUCUCAAAGAAAGAAAGACACGAAUGUCUCGUCAUCGGCUUCCCAGUUUCCAGCUCCUAGCUUCGAAAAUAGCCGUGAUUCUCCGAAGGGCGAUGAUGAGUCUGUCAAUGGUUACCACCUAAAGAGGCCUUCUUCCACAUCGCCUCAGCCCUCGCCGUCUUGCCGACCCGGAAAGGAAGCCGAUCCUUUCGAGGAAUCCUUUGCUGCUGCAUCUCAAGCGCCCGAAGUAUCGUCACAGGUCCCGCCGAACGGCCAGCUGACCAGGUCCAAGUCGCUCAACAAGUCAUCUGCGGAUCAUGCACGGCGGUCUGUGGCUUUCUUUGAUGAGGAGAUUCCCCGUGCUUCGCAGCCUCGUCGCCGUUCUCAAUCCUCGCGUCGCGGCAGCCCUUCCAAAGAGAUCGGGGCCUCGACUCCCUCAAGCACUUCAAGCCUCUGCCUCCUGCCAUGCCCCAGAUCAACUCCAACCGCAGGCCACCAAGACUGGUAUACCAUCAAGGGAUUGACACACCUCGAUAUUUGCCCCUCCUGCAUGACCCAGGUCGGCCAGUCCAAAUUCCGUGACUUCUUCAUUCCGAGCCUUCCCAAACCCCGGGACCAGGCAGUCCGCUGCUCGUUGAGCGAGCCCUGGACGCGUCUGGCGUGGCUGCAGACGAUCAAGAAGCAGCACGACGAUCUGGAGAUGCUCUACCAUGUCUCUCGGCCACCCCCCGGCAGCUUCCACUGCCCUGGCCACACCGUCGCAGAAGAGUACUGGUACCGAGUGGUCGACCCCGACACGGGCAUGUUCCUGCCCAAGUUCAACGUCUGCCCGGCGUGCGUGCGCAGCAUCCGCAUUCUCAUGCCUGCCCACCGCGACACCUUUAAAUGUAGCUCCGUCCCGCAGGAGCGCGUCUGCGACAUGGCAACCCACAGCCCGCGCUUCGUCCAGUUCAUUGACCUUCUCGACAUGGCGGCCAACCGUGCCGAAUUUGCAGCUACUGCUAAUGGCAACAACAACAAUAGCGGCGGCGGCGGUGGCAGCGGCGCCAGCACCAGCACCAUCAAUACAGCCGGAAUCCCCGACAUGCGUGAAUUUCUCGCCUACGCCCGGCGCAAGGUUGUCCUACGUGACUGCCGGCGCGACCGCCUGAUUCUCAGCGCGUGGCACUACAUCCCCCAGCUUCCGGAGCUAACGGCCUGCGAAGACUGCUACGACGAUGUGAUAUGGCCACUUGCACGAGCGAAUAAGCCCCUAGCGCGCAUGUUCUCGACCAGCAUGCGUCUCUUGCCGGGCGACGGGCCCACCAGCUGCCGCGAAGCAAGCUGCCAGCUCUACUCGCCGCGCAUGCGGGCCAAAUUCCGCGAGGCCGUCGCCAAGAAUGACUUCACGUACCUUCGGCUCAUGGCCCUGCGGCGCUUCGACGCCGAGCAGCGCUUCCGGGAUCGGCGGCAGGGGCUUCUUGAAGAUGAGGCGCGGGGAUACAACCGCGAGACGGAGUUGAGGAAGAAUGCCGAAGAGUGGAAGAAGUGGGAGUGACUUUUCUCCAUUCCGUGCCUGUUCUUGUUUUUUUUUUUUGUUUUUUUUUUCUU